CUCUCCUCCGUCUUCCCGAAAUCUCCUCGACCCACCCGUGCAGAGCUUCUCCUCCUCCGCCCCAUCGGCCAUGGCGACCGCGGCGAGGCGGCUCCUCCCGGCGCUCCGCAACUCCCUAUCCGGGUCCGGAGGCGCCGCGCGAGGCGUCUCCACUGAGAGGGCGGUCGGCCCCGCCGCCGCCGCCGUCCUCGGCAGCCACACCGCCAAGUGGAUGCAGGACACAAGCAAGAAGUCCCCAAUGGAGUUGAUCAAUGCAGUGCCUCCAAUCAAGGUUGAAGGACGAAUUGCAGCUUGUGAUGGGCGUAAGGAUAAAGGUCAUGAAACUGCUUCACUUGGCCAUCCCAUCGAGUAUAUCUGCCUUGACCUGGACCAGCCUGCUGUAUGCAAGUACUGUGGCCUUCGUUUUGUUCAAGAUCACCAUCACUGAGUGGACAAGAUCCCGUCCUUUACCACACUGAAAUUUGGAGUUAAUGUGUAUUUGGUUUUAAAUGUUCUGUCAGCGUGUCAUGCAUUCUGCCUGUUGGCAAGAUGAUGAUAUCUUUGACGAUCAUCCUACUUUGAAUAACAUAAUAAUGCCGCAUUUAUAACAGUGGACUUAUUUUUCUGUA